AUGCAAACUACUACAACAUCUUAUCCUGAACAUUUGGCGCAUAACAAUGGCACCAGUACUAUCGCUAUCGAUAACAAAGACGCCUCUUCCCCUGAUAGCAGCAUCCCAUCCACCAAGCCAAAAAGGUCAAAAAAACGUUAUUGGUACCCACAACGUGAUUCACUUGCACGGCGUAAUCGACUUCAGAUGGGCAAAGAGGGUAGUCGUCGGCGACAGCGUUGGGAUAACAAUCAUUUCCAUGAUCAUCCAUUAGCGAGCCUUGUAGUGCCUGACGAUGAUGAUCGCUUGUUUAUGCACACCCAGCCACCCUUCCGGUGGGUGACAGAUGACGAGCAAGUAAUGUCGAUCCUUCUCGACGAGGAUAUGGAUAGCAUGGUUUAUCAUCAUCACCACCACCAUGAAUAUGAGUCAUAUAGCAAGCACAUCCACCAACCAGCACCGUUGACUAGGAGCAUGAGGCAUGACCUGAAGAAGACUAAUAUCCCUGAACGGCUCGUGUACCAUUAUGAAGACCAAAUCAUUGCCUAUCUUGAUGAGCAAGACCAAGAUUUGGUUAUGGUGUUGGAUAUAGCUGAUAGCUUCACACGCUGGGUUGUGCAUAUCAUGUGUAGCUAUUACAACCUCGUUUCAUUCACCGACCACGACUACCUCGGUCAACAAGGACAACUGCUAUACAUCCAGCAACACGCAUCCAACCCGCUCGUUGUCCCCGAUCGCUUGUUUUCGGAUUUUCUAUUUUGUCGAUAA